AUGCACCUUCGAACACUUUUUGAGCUGUUGAUAGGAAAGCAAGGGAUUUGUUACCUUGGUGGAUUAAAGAUUCGGCGCGAUGUGUCGAUUAGCGUCAUUCGUUUAGAUAGGAAGGCAGAGCGGCUGCGUAGCAAAAUGGGUGGUGUGGAUGGCUUUGGAAAAGUUAUGAGCCUAAUGGCUAGAGAAACUGAAGCGACCUCCAAGACACCAGGAGGUGUCGCGCGAGCUGCGCCAGGGCGUGUCUCGCCAGCGCGUGUGCCCUCAUCGGGGGACACGCCGGGAGUCGUCGAAGUACCGCCCGCUCGCGAAAGGAGCGAGGCAACCGACGACAAGAUCCUCGCGGCCCUCGCCGCAGUGACCGACCGCCUGUCGAAGCUCGAGUCUUCGCAGCGCGUCCGGGACGAAGAUGAGAGGAUGCUUGGAGCUGUCGAGAGCGGCAUGUUUGCAUCCAAGCUUGGAGCGAACAUGCGUGGACGCCCCAUGACCAUCGACGCGCUUAAGUCGCUGGAGGAGAAACCAGCAGCACAUCGCGCGCGGGAGCGCUGGCCAGAAAACGAAGCUAUGCCACCAGCGAUCGGACACUACGGAAUGCCGAGCGCUAGUCAGAGAAAGCUCAACAUUCGCAAGUUCGAUGGGACGGAGCUUUACAAAGGGCUUGGGAGCGGGUUCUUUGACUGGGGACGCACCUUCAUGCGCGCUGUGAGCCUCGCUGAGGCGUCUUGCGGUUUCUCCUGGACGGAGGACGUGAAGGUGGACCUUCUCGGGCAUUUCUUGGCUGGUACGGCGGAGCGCUACUACCACAAACAGGUCGACACUUGGUGGGUGCAGCAGCCAAGACUCGAGCACGUCAUGGAGCAGCUGCACCUACCGUUCAAGACGACCAUCACGGCGAGUCAGGCCAUGAAGCUAUUCAUGACAAGGAAAGAAGCGAGACGCACCUGGGCUGAGCACUUUCUUUACAUGGUGGCUGUCAGCGACGCGCGCGGUGGCGCCGACUCGCUUGUGCUCGACAACAUCGUCCAUCAUGCGUCGCCAGACCUGAUGAAUGUCAUGCGCGCUAAGUACGAUCCAACGCGGUCCGACUACCUGCGCCACGCUGAGGAGUUGGCGCACUUUGCGCAGUCUAUCGAGCUCGGCAGUGGCGCGGUUGGUCGCGAGGUCGUUGCGGCGCAUGUUGAGACGAAGCGUCAAGACACGCGAACGUGUUUCCGAUGCGGGGAGGACGGGGCACGUCGUUUCCGAAUGCAAGGCAAGAGUUGUGUUUGA